AUGAAGGACCUCCGCCAACAUCUGCUGACCAACUACAGCAAGCACGUGCGGCCUGUACGCCAUGAGCAGACGGUGGUGGUCAUCAACUUCUCAGCCUUCCUCAGUCACCUCCUGUACCUGAACAUAAAGGAGCAAGUUUUAUCGACUGCAGGAAGUCUAGAACUGGUCUGGUCAGACGAGUAUCUCCAGUGGAAUCCAGAUCAGUUUGGCAAUAUCAGCAGUGUCUAUCUUCCACAGGCUGAUGUGUGGCUUCCAGACCUGGUCCUUUACAAUGAUGUUAACAGCAUGAAGCCACUGCGGGAUGACAAUGCACUGGUUGUUGUCAGCAAUGAUGGAACAGUUCAGUGGCUGCCUGGGUUCAACGCAAAUACUGAUUGUAUGGUGGAUGUUUAUAGGUACCCAUUCGACACCCAGACUUGUUCACUAAUCUUCACUACUUGGAUGAUGACAUCAGACCACAUUCAAGUUGUGACAGAGACAUUUUACACCAACUGGUCCACGGUCAACCAGGAGUACUACAUAGCAUCAGAAAGGGCCGACCCUUAUGAUGAAACAACAUCCUACAACGAUUACUGGACACAAGGUGGGAACUUCACGUUGACGUUGAAGCGCCGUGUCACGUUCCACGUGCUGAGCACGGUGCUGCCGCUGUUGUCGUUCUCGCUCUUAACGCCGCUGGCCUUCCUCGUUCCGGAAAGCGGUGGCGAGAAGCUGACCCUGGCCGUGAGUCUGGUGCUCACCAAUCAGGUGUUCCUCGUCUCCCUCAGCGGUUCUAUGCCCACCUCGGGUGACACCAUUUCUCUCCUAGGACCACCACAACACCAGGCUCCUCAAGGAGGAUUCUUCAGGGUACAGAGUCUGUCCCAAUGCCCAGUGUGA